CCGCCGCCCGCCGCCGCUCGCCGACCGCCGCCACCUCUCGCCGCCCGCCGAUUCGAUAGCCUCCGGCCUCCGGCGAGGUCUCUCCAUGCGCAUUCCUCCGUAAUCGCAAAGGAGUUCGUGCAUGGGAAGUUCGGGGGCUGCAGCUCCGGAGGGGAAGAAGGCGACGAUCACGCCGAAAGCUGUUAUAUACCAGAAGUAUGGAAUCAGGGCUUCGUAUGAAGUGGAGGAAGUUCCAGAGGUUGUUCAAAAUGGGUGUCCGGGACUGUGCAUCCCGCAAAAGGGCCCUUGCCUGUAUCGCUGCCGGUUGAACCUUCCUGAACUUUCCAUUCUCUCUGGAACUUUCAAGAAAAAGAAGGAUGCUGAGCAAGAUGCUGCCGAGAUGGCUCUUCGGAAGCUGGGUAUUCAUCCUUUAACGCACAAUCCCGAUGUACCUGAUGCAGGGGAAGAAUUAGUUUCUCGGGUUGCAUAUUUAUUCUCUAAUGAGUUCCUUGCAUCUCAACAUCCGCUGAGUGGUCACUUUAAAGCUGCUUUAAUCCGAGAAGGUGAUCUCUAUGGUGCAGUUCCUGUUUCUGUGAUUGCUGUCUAUGAUGGGAAGAUCAGUACUUUAUGUAAACUAAUUGAUCCUAAGGUGGAGUCAAAUCCCUGUUUGGUAAUCUCUUUUGUUCUGCGAGCUGCUGCAACGUUACCUACCCUGAUUACUGCUACUGAAGGACAGCUUUGGAUUCGGAGGCAAAAUCCGUACCCUCCUGAGGUUAUAGAGCCAUUGUUAGUUGAACAAUCUUCCAUUCUUGGUAGUGUAUGCGUUCAGGCCUUAUUAAUUCCAAGUUCAUUGAAUGAGGAUAUCAAGCCUGUAACUUUAAAUGUUUCCUCGUCCGCGUACUACCUGGAUGUCAUUGCACAAAAGCUUGGUCUGCUUGAUGCUUCUAAGAUCCUAGUCUCACGUCCUAUAGGAAAAGCUUCUUCCGAGACAAGAUUGUAUUUUGUUGCUUCUGACUUGCAGUUUGUGGAGCCAUCAUCAGAUCUGGAUGGAAAGAAACCUGAUAUUUUUGAAGGCUCUAUGAAUACUAGGGCUAGUUAUUUAGCUGGUCAAGAGGUCUAUGGUGGUGCAAUUCUGGCAUCAAUUGGAUUUACAUGGAAGUCCAAAGACCUUUUUCACGAAGAUGUAUUCUUGAAGUUAUAUUACAGAAUGCUCAUUUAUAAGACACCAAGUGGACCUUACAAGUUGUCUAGAGAGUCAACAACUGCCGCAGAGUUGCCAGUUGUUUUCACAAUAAAGAGUAACUGGAGGGGUACUUUCCCAAGGGAAAUUCUCUGUACAUUCUGUCGUCAGCAUCGAUUGUCUGAACCUGUCUUCACUAUUUCAAGAUAUCCUGUAAAAGCACUGUCUGACUUGUCUGGAUCACAAAAGAAGCUGAAAGUUACAGAAUCGACGGAGGACACAGGGCACACAAAUGAAAAUGCUGCUAAUCAUGGUGACAAUGAAACUGUGGAAUCAGUGAGCAACUUCAGAUGUGAAGUAAAAGUUCUGUCAAAGCUACAGGAUCUGUUAUUGCAGUGUUCUCCCAAAGAUUCUUACAGGAAAGAGACUGAUUGUAUUCAGAAUGCUUCUCUGAAAGUUCUCUCCUGGUUGAGUUCAUAUUUUCAGGAUUUUAAUAUGCCAUUGGAGAAGCUUAAUUCAUUAGCUGAUGCGAUCAACAUAAAGUUUAAUCCCCAACAUUUAUUUAAGGAAUUUAAGUUCUGCUCCACCAUGUACCUCAACCAGCGAAGAACAAUUAAAGCCAACAAUUGUGUUGAUGUUCCACAAGCCACAGGAGAACAUGAAAAUUAUCUGCUAAGGAUAGAAGGGCCAGAAUCAGGCAUCUGUCCAUCUAAUGGGUUCUUGGCAUGCAUAUGUUAUUCUGCAUGUUUGGUGACAGAAGUUGGGCAUACAAAGGAACUUAUUGAAAGUUCUCAUGAAUUUGAAUUUGAGAUGGGGGCCAGAGCAGUUAAUCCUCAUGUUGAAGCAGCUGUGGCUCAGAUGUCUGUUGGUCAGUCUGCAUUUUUCUUGGUAGAUUUGCCCUCCCAAGAGCUAAUUUUGGCCGCUGCUAAUGAUUCUGCAAGGGCACUUUCAUUAAUUAACUCAAAUAUGUGCCGCUUGGAAUACUGCAUCACCUUAUUGAAGGUAACAGAGCCUCUGGAGGACAGAAUGGAGCAGGCCCUUUUUAGCCCUCCUCUUUCAAAGCAACGGGUUGAAUAUGCUGUGGAACACAUUAAGAAAUCUGGCGCAACUACUUUGGUUGAUUUUGGUUGUGGCUCUGGAAGUUUGCUGGAAUCCCUGUUGGACUAUCCAACCUCGCUGAGAAAGAUUGUUGGCGUUGACCUCUCACUCAAGAGUCUUAGUCGUGCAGCAAAGGUAUUGCACUCGAAGUUAAGCAGAAGUUGUGAUGCUGACUUGCCAUGCAGAGGCAUCCAGUCUGCAACACUUUAUGAUGGUUCAAUCCUUGUCUUUGAUCCUCGUAUCUGUGGUUUUGACAUUGGCACUUGCCUGGAGGUGAUCGAGCACAUGGAGGAAGAUCAGGCAUCUCUAUUUGGAGAUCUCGUGCUGAGCUCAUUUCGGCCCAGUGUUCUGAUCGUGUCCACACCAAACUAUGAAUACAAUGUCAUACUCCAGAAAUCUGAUCUGUCAAGCCAAGAGGAGGCAGCAGAGGGGAAAGGGCAGUUGGAGUCUUGUAGAUUCCGCAACCACGAUCACAAGUUCGAGUGGACCAGAGAGCAAUUCGGCUUGUGGGCAAGGAACUUGGCCUCGAGGAACAACUACGGCGUCGAGUUCAGCGGUGUCGGUGGUUCUGUUGACCGCGAACCCGGGUUCGCUUCACAGAUCGCUCUUUUCAAAAGAUUGCCUCAGCGAGACGAGCGUAUCGAGGACGAGGAACCAGUUCGUCACUACAAUGUUAUUUGGGAAUGGAGUAGAUGCGAGACAUCUGAAUCUUUCGAUUGAUGAGUUUCGUAGACUGUACAGAUUUUGAUCGGACCGCACGAGGCUAGAGUGGACAAAGAGCUAACGUGGGAAGCGACUGGAUAUAGGUGGCAUCGUUUUUGUUUUUCGGGGGAUGACGGAACAGGCUAUACAACUGUACAUGAUUGAUUGUUCGAAAGGGCACUGUUACUAUGCUUCGGGAUCAGAAGAUUUUCAUUUCUGAUUCUGGUCUGUCUUUCGUCGGCAAUAGCAAUCUCGCUUCAUGUUAUGGAGCACGGACUAACCAUUGAUUCAUUGAAACUCUUUUAAGUAGGACAAGCACAGGCACAUUCGAACCGAUCAGACACCUUUUCCUGAAAAUCACUGGUUCUUUUAGGUA